AUGUUGAAACAACACUGGUUCCAAUAUCGACGCGAUCCGAACAAUAAUGUCAUGCCGACCACUCCACUCCCGCCAAAAAUAAAGAAUUUCUUAGUAAUUCCAGUCCACGAUUUCGAUAUGAAACAUAUCCGCAUCGAUAUCCAUCUUUUUUAUUUGAUUGCAAGCAAAUUUGGAGCGUUGAAAUUGGCAAAAGGAAAACGUGGUCAGCCAAUAAACAUUGAAAAAACUGAAUACGAUAGCAAUCCAGCUAUCUAUUGGGAUUUAAUAUUUGAACUGCCAAAAAUAUCGAAACUUGGAAAUGGUAAGGAAUUCGAUUUUGCUGUGGCAACCGAUAGUGUGGCAGUUUCGUUAUGUUUCGUGAAGCCUGAACGCAAUACACCAGAACUUGAUAACAACACCAUCAAAGAGAAGUACAAUAAUUUUGAGUUUGAUUAUGUGCUUGGAAUCGAUCCAGGAGUUCGUACAUGGAACGCUACCGUUCGCAAACACGUUCGAUCCGGCAACGAGAAAACAUCACAAUUGAUGGUCCAAAAUACCAUUUCAAAGCGAAAUAUGGCAAACGCAAGCGUAAAUCCGAUCAAUGGACUGAAUUGUUGCAAAAACAACGGGAGCUCGACUAUAAACGCUAUGCAUUUUUUCCAUCGCCGAAAGGACGUUCACAUUGGAUGUGUUACAUCGCUUAUUAUGUGAAAAUGAUGAAACCAGCUAUGGCGG